AUGGAGUUGUUCUGUCACGAGCGCGCCGAUCUGAACUCGAGCUCCCCGGUAAAGAGCGCGCCGAUUCGGGCCUUCAGAGACGCGGUUCUGACCCGGGACACCCGAGUCCUACAGAACCUGCUGAGCCUGGAGAAGCCGAACAUCAGCGGAAAACACACAGCCGGCGUCGAGAGCGAAGAGCUGCUGCGCAUGCGCAAGAUCCUCACCGGCUGGAUGCUGCAGGUGUGUGAGGAGCAGAAGUGCGAGGAGGAGGUGUUUCCUCUGGCUGUUCAUUACCUGGACAGGUACAUGUCCCAGAAUGCUGUGCGCCGGUGUCAUCUGCAGCUGCUGGGCUCCGUCUGCAUGUUUCUGUCCUCCAAACUGCGGGAGACGGUUCCUCUGAGCGCUGGAACACUGAGUGUCUACACUGACCACGCCUACAGUGUCUCUGAGAUACUGCAGUGGGAGCUGCUGUUGGUGUCGCGUCUCCGCUGGGAUCUGGCCUCAGUGCUGCCCUCUGAUUUCCUGGAGCUGAUCCUGCAGGCACUGCCAAUCCCUGCGCAGAGCCACAGCAGCGUGCGCAGACACACACACUGCUACAUCGCCCUCACGGCUACAGACCUGAGGUUCUCGUUCUUCCGCCCGUCCGUCGUGGCCGGUUCCUGUGUGACGGCAGCGCUGCUCAGACUGAAGCUUCUGCAGGACACGGUUAGCGCCGAGCAGAUGCUACAGAUGCAGAGGAACAUGUUGGAUGUGGACAUGGUGUCUCUGCGUGUGUGUUUCUCAGCGCUGGAGCAGAUGAUCGAGCAGACGCUGCCGGCUCCACCUGUGCAGACGCAGGACGCCCCGCUGUGAUGCUAACAGGUGUACGUUUCAGACUGCCCCUCACCUGCGCGACUACUCUCGCCUUUCUGUUUGAGCAUGUUCACUUUCAUUUUAAUGUCGCAGGUGUUCUGCACCAAAGCUAAUAUUUACCUGGAAACCUUUGUCCAGUCAAA